AAGCAAAGUAUCUACUCCACAAGAGCGAGUCGUGUGCAUUAAACCCCUGCAUUCAUACCGCAUUGCCCGUUCAGCAAUACAAUCUCAAUCCUCUCGUGUCUGCCGACGGUUUGAGCUUUCUAUCAAAAGCCAAAUGGCAAGGAAUACUGCGUUUCAUCGUCAUGAUGAGAUAGACGAAGCUGCCUUCCGCAUAGAAAGAGCCCGGCCACCCCGUAAUUAUAUGAAUCUGUUCGGUCUCACAAAAAAAUGGGGGAAACCAAAUUCAGAGCACGGACAUGGGACAGCCAAGAAUAAUGAUUGGGGGUGUGUUCGUAGAUUCAGAGAAUCAAUGGUCAUGAUAAGAGAUAAAAUUAUGCCUCCCGCAACUACCCGGGCCGGUCCUGGUGGAGGGACACCUGAUGAAGCUGAAGAUAAAGAUGCAACCCCUCUGCCCAGGCAUCGAGGGAAACCUGAUGAAGAUGAAGAUAAAGGUGUACUCCCUCCAUCCAGAGAGACCUUUGAUACCUGGACGGAGGGAGUAAUUGACACCAGCGACAAUGCAAUAACCGAUGAGUUCCUCCACGUUGUGGAGUCGGAGGUGAGAACGGCAGUUCCUCGACAGUACUACAGCAGCACCUCGUCUGCCGGGUUGUGGACGCAACCACCGACCAUCUACAGCGUCCCCCGCGAGCUAGCCGAGGACAACGCUCGAGCCUACGCUCCCGUGGCUGCCUGCAUUGGCCCCCUCGUCAGCUCCAAAGUCUCGCGGAGGGACGAAGCCCAGGAGGCAGUGCACAGGUACAAGCGGUGCUGUGUCCGCAGGCUCAUCGCCGGCCGCCACCUCCAGCUUGGUGGUUCGGAAGAUCCGGCCGCCUGGACAGACGCGGAACGGCAGCGGCUGCGUACCUGCCUGGCCACGCUGAAGCGCCUGCUGCCGCGAAUCCGGGCCUCCUACGACCUCAAAUGGGACAACGACGACGAGGUCGUCGCCCAGAUGCUGCUCGAUGGAUGCUUCGUGCUGCACCGCCUGCUCAAGUACGGGCGCGCACCCCGGACUACUAGGAGGCCUGAAGUACAAGGCAAGUCCGGCGGCGGCGACGACGACGACGACGACGACUGGACGCUGGUGUUCGGCCGGUGCUGGGUGUGGGGAUUCAUAACCUACGACCUCUUGCUGCUGGAGAACCAGAUCCCUUUCUUCGUCCUCCGGGCGCUCCACCAUGUCCUCAAGACCCGGCCAGACGAUGGCGACGAUGUCCUCGUCACCGGCGCCCUCGAGCUCUUCCGCCCGCUACAUCCCCACAGCCAGCAGCACGGCUCGCGCAUCCUCUGCCGCGAUGUGCACCACCUCCUGCACCUCUUCUACCUCUCCAUCGGCUUCCCGACGACGGCGCCCACGGCCGGCGAGCUCAGGGCGUCGAGCCGUGGCCGGCACCUGCUGCCGUCGACGGAGCUCCCGCUGUGGGUGCCGUGCGCCAAGGAGCUGGAGGAAGCCGGGGUGAAGCUCAGAGCACGGAAGCGCGGCGCCAAGAGCUUCCUGGACGUGCAAUUCCGUGGCGGCGUGCUGGAGAUCCCGCCGCUGCGGCUGUACGACUACAGCGAGCCGGUGUUCCGGAACCUGAUCGCGUUCGAGCAGACGUACCCGGGCACGCGGGGCGACGUCACCGCCUACGCCAUCUUCAUGGCGUGCCUCGUCACCACCCACGAGGACAUGCGGCUGCUGCACAAGCGCGGGGUGCUGGUGAACCAGAUGAGCAGCGGCGACAGGGGGGACGCCACCCGCUUCUUCAGCCGCAUCUGCUCGCGGGCGCACACCUCUGCCGGCAGCCUCAACUACCUCGGCGACCUGAUGGAGGAGGUGGUCAAGUACCAGAGGGGACGGUGGCCGCGGUGGCGCGCCUCCUUGGUGCGCAACUACUUCCGCAACCCGUGGGUGACCACGUCGGUGGUCGCCGCGGCCGUCUUGCUCUUCCUCACCGUCGUGCAGGCAUUCUUCGCUGCCUACGCCUACUUCAAGCCACCCGCUCCCGCUAGCUAGCUCAGGACUGCAACUAUAUAUUUUCCAUGAAUUGUUUGGUCUUUUUGGUCCCUAGGUCCAUAUGGUUGUGUAUCUUAAUAAGUUUGUUUGGAAAGAAGAAGAAGAAGAAAAAACAGGGUCUGCUCAGAAA